UAUGUAGCCAAGUGUACAAAAAAGAGGUCAAUCACAUGGGUAGGACUCUGAAUUAAAAUUAGAAUUUAUUAAAUCUGAAUCAAUUUAGGAUGAUUCUUUGAGAUUAAUUCACUAGGAUGAAAAUUAAUUAAAUUAAUAGUAAUAAACAGAAUAAAAAGAUGUUAGCAAAAGCAAUCUCACAUCAUUAUAGACUAAACUUAAUCAAUAAAGAGAUUAAAAACAAUAUUAAAUCCAUUAGGGAUUAGAUUUUUUUGAUGAACCUUAAAAUUUCAAAUUUUACUAGAAAAAAUUCAAUUAUUCAAAUUACAGAGUCUUCCAAGGAUUUAAAGAGUCUUAAUUGAAGAAAUAGUUGAGCAUUAGAAAAUCAUUUGUGCCAGGAGCAUAUAAUUGA